AUGCCGUCAACACGCACAUUCCGCCCGGCGCUCUCAAUCGCCCGCCAAGGCGUCGCAUCUCAGCGCCUCUUCCACGCCAGCCGCGCUGCUCAGGCCAUUCACUUUGUCAAGACCGCUGAAGAGUAUAAGCAAGUCAUCAAGGCGCAGGACAAGGUCAUUGUGGACUGCUUCGCAACCUGGUGCGGGCCAUGCAAGGCCAUUGCUCCCAUCCUGGAAAAAGCCUCGGAGGAAGCAGAGUUCAAGGACAAGGUCCAUUUUGUCAAGUUCGACGUGGAUGAGCUGCCAGAGCUGAGCCAGGAGCUGGGCAUCCGCGCCAUGCCGACGUUUCUGUUCUACAAGGACGGACAAAAAGUUGACGAGAUGAUUGGCGCGAAUCCGCCCAUGUUGCUGCAGAAUUUGAAGAAACUCAAUGUCUAA